AUGUCUCUAGUGCGUCUGUACUUUAUUCGUCAUGGUCAGUCAGAAGCUAAUCUUACUCUCAAUGUAUGUGGUCAAGCCAUUUCUUCUACGUUGACUUCGUUAGGAAAAGAACAAUCAACGUUAUUGGGCAAACGGUUCAAAUAUGAAAACAUGAAAUUCGAUUAUAUGUUAUGUUCAACAGCUACUCGUGCAAUACAAACAGCAAAUAUUGCACUAGAAAUAAUGAAUGUUGACACAUCAAAAUUAAUAACUUCGGCUGAACUUUUGGAACAAUCUCAAGGCAUUUGGGAAGGUAUAAAUCGUUCGUCUGCUUAUACACUCGAGAUACUGCAGCAGCUGAGCCAGCUGCACAUUGAAUUUUGUCCUCCAGAAGGCGAAUCAACACGAAUCGUACAAAAACGAGCAAUAGCCUAUUUAGAUCCUUAUAUCGAGCAAGCGAAGAAACAAAGUUUAAUAGAAAGUAGAGAAAUAUCCAUUGUCAUUUUUACACAUGCAAAUUUAAUACGGGCUGUAUUACAAUAUUAUCUACAAAGUAAUCCACAGCAUGCAUGGCUCAUUCAACAAAAUAAUACAGCGAUUAAUGAAAUUAUGUUCAACAAACAUGGAACUUCCUUAGUAAAAGUGAAUGACGAUGGUC